CUUUUUACUUGUCAUAAAACAUGGAGUUGCCCAAUAUUGAGGAACUGGAAUCCCAAAACCAUCCACCACAAAAAAAUGGUGCUUCUUUCAUCACAACUUGCAUCAAUGGCCUUAAUGCUCUAACUGGUAUUAGACUAUUAUCGAUACCAUAUGCACUAUCACACGGAGGGUGGCUUUCUCUCAUCACACUUACUGUUAUAGCAAUGAUAUGUUUUUACACAGCUUUACUUCUAAAAAAAUGCAUGGAUUCAAAUAGUCUCAUCAAAACUUACCCGGACAUAGGCGAGCAUGCGUUUGGGAAGAAAGGGAGAGCCCUUAUAUCCAUCUUCAUGUACCUCGAGCUCUUCCUCCUUGCAGUGGAGUUCCUCAUCUUGGAAGGUGACAACUUGCAUAAGCUCUUCCCUUACACAAACGUUCGCGUUUGGGGGAAGACCAUUGGGGGAAAGCCAAUGUUCAUCAUCCUCACCGCGCUAGUAAUGCUGCCCACGACAUGGCUGAGAAAUCUCUCCCUCCUAGCAUAUGUCUCUGCAGGUGGGAUUCUAGCCUAUCUGAUUCUUAUUGCUACGGUUUUUUGGAUUGGAGCGUUUGAGAAUGUGGGAUUUCAUGAAAAGGAAGCUCUUUGGAGGUAUAAUAGAAUGCCAACUGCAGUGAGCUUGUACACAUUCUGUUACUGUGGUCAUGCUGUUUUCCCUACUAUUUGCACUUCAAUGAAAGACAAAACACAAUUUCCUAAGGUAUUUACUACUUAUAUAUUCACUUAGUAUAAUUUUAGUGAACCCUAAUAUUUUUUAUCCAACUCAUUUUUCAGGUAUUGUUGGUGUAAUUUGUUUUUAGUAGUGUAAGCUAUGGAUCAAUGGCUAUUAUGGGAUACCUAAUGUAUGGAGAAAUUUUGAUGUCACAAGUGACUUUAAAUCUCCCAUUACAAAGCGUUGGCACAAAAAUUGCAAUCUACACCAACACUUAUCAAUCCCAUUACGAAAUACACCAUCAUUAUAUCUCCAAUUGCAACUGCUCUCGAAGAGAAGUUUGUGCAAAAUAAUAGUUAUGGAUUAAGCUUGUUAAUUCGAACGGGUUUAGUGGUGUGCAGUGUUGUUAUUGCGCUAAUUGUACCCUUUUUCGGAUACGUGAUGACAUUUAUUGGAGCGUUCCUGAGCGUGAGUGCAUCCAUAUUAUUUCCAUGCCUUUGCUAUGUGAAGAUCAACAAAGCAUCUCUAGGAUUAGGGUUGGAGCUUAUGUUUAUUUUGGUCAUUCUUAUUUUUGGAAUUUUUAUU